CAUGUAUAGUGUACUCUGUGUGUGACCGUCUCUGUGGUGUCACUGUAAGCUCUGCAGGUGCAGCAAGAGAGGGUACCUGGUAGACACAAGUUGCCGUGCAAGAACAGACCAGGACAUUUGCCCUGAGCUGCACAAGGUUCUGGCUGGCAGCGGAGCUGGGCUGAAGGAAUUCAGGACACACAGGAGACAUGGCAGGGGAGAAUGAGAUCAAAAACUCCAACUGCAACAGCAGUAGUCCAGGGCAUGGGCCACCAGCGUCCACACCGCACCUUCCUAAUGCCACACCAGGCCAGGACACCACCACAGAAAAAGUCACCCUUAAAAAAGAGAUAGGCCUUGUUAGUGCUUGUGCCAUCAUUAUAGGUAACAUUAUAGGUUCCGGGAUCUUCAUUUCUCCGAAGGGUGUCCUAGAACACAGCGGGUCUGUGGGCUUGGCAUUAAUUAUCUGGGUUCUCGGUGGUGGUGUGUCUGCCCUCGGGUCCAUGUGUUAUGCAGAACUCGGAGUCACAAUUCCAAAAUCAGGAGGUGAUUAUUCAUAUGUCACAGAGAUUUUUGGUGGGUUAACAGGCUUUUUGCUACUAUGGAGUGCGGUUUUGAUUAUGUACCCUACAAGCCUUGCAGUCAUUGCCCUGACGUUCUCAAACUAUGUUCUGCAGCCAGUGUUUCCAGACUGUAUUCCACCAUAUGAUGCCACCAGGACACUUUCUCUUGUCUGUUUGUUACUUCUCACAUGGGUAAACAGCACAAGUGUUCGGUGGGCCACACGGAUCCAGGACAUAUUCACUGCCGGGAAGCUUCUAGCACUGGGACUUAUUAUAGUCGUUGGGUUAAUGCAGAUAUUUAAAGGAAACUAUGAAGAACUAAAGCCCAGUAACGCAUUUAAUUUUUGGAUGACCCCCACGGUUGGACAGCUGGCACUGGCAUUCUUACAGGGAUCUUUUGCAUUCAGUGGUUGGAACUUUCUGAAUUAUGUCACAGAAGAACUGGUUGAUCCUAGGAGGAAUCUACCUCGUGCCAUAUUCAUCUCCAUCCCGCUGGUUACGUUUGUCUACACAUUCACCAACAUAGCUUAUUUCACAGCUAUGACACCAGAAGAACUGAUGUCAUCCAAUGCGGUGGCAGUUACUUUUGGUGAAAAGUUGCUGGGAUAUUUUUCCUGGAUCAUGCCUGUUUCAGUAGCGCUGUCCACAUUCGGAGGGAUUAACGGAUACCUCUUUACCUCAUCAAGGCUAUGCUUUUCUGGAGCACGAGAAGGCCACUUGCCCAGCUUACUGGCCAUGAUUCAUUUUAAAUAUUGUACCCCAGUACCUGCUCUACUUGUCUGUUGUGGAGCAACAGUUAUCAUCAUGCUGGUUGGAGACACAUACACCCUAAUAAACUAUGUGUCUUUUAUAAACUACCUCUGCUAUGGCGUAACAGUUAUGGGACUAAUUGUUCUUCGCUUCAAGAAACCCAAAAUGUUCCGACCGAUUAAGGUGAAUCUGUUGAUUCCAAUCACGUAUCUAUGUUUUUGGGCAUUCCUAUUGAUAUUCAGCUUCUAUUCAGAACCAAUAGUGUGUGGCGUCGGACUCAUAAUUAUUUUAACGGGUGUGCCAGUCUUUUUCCUGACAGUUUACUGGAAGAAUAAACCAAAGUGUAUAGAUAGAUUUAUUGAAAAGAUGACAUACUGCGGACAGAAAGUUUGCUACGUUGUAUACCCUCAACCAGACCUUCCAGAAGAAGACCUGGUCCACUGCAAUGAUGCCCUGGUGUCUAACAAUGAAAAGUCCAUCAAAAUUCAAUGAGCUACUUUCCAAGUCCAAGCUUUCCUACAUUUUGUUUACAGGCAAAUAUGUGGAGAAAAUGUACUUGAAAAUUAGCGAUAUAGAGAAGUAUGGAAUAAAAGACGUAAAGAAGGGAGAGUCAUCCCAGGAAACACAACAUCACAGCAAUUAUGGCUUUCAAAGGCGGCUAAUGCAAGGAACUGGAUGUCUUUUUGAUAUAUGUUAAUUAACCCCUUCCCGACCCGAGGCAUGAGGACAGUUGGCCGCCCCCUGGUAUUGUUUAUCCUCUGGUCACAUGAGCCGCUGUAUAAUGUGAGAGAACUUUUUUUGGCCUUUCAUCUUGUAUAAAUCGAACUGGUCUUUUUUUCCUCAAUUAAAGCAUACGUUUUCAACCAA